AUGCACUUCACUACUCUCUUCGCCCUGGUGGCCACCGCAGUCACGGUCUCGGCCACCGUCGACCCAUGUUCAUCGAACACAAAGGGUUACAAGCCAACCAGCUUGAACUGCUCUGCUGCCAAAGUCUCGACUGCCAUCCAAGCUGCCGAGUGCUCCCACAACACCCGCGUCUCCGGUACCCAAACCUUUGCUGUCUUCGAGACUGAUCAUCAGUACGACGAUGACACCGGUGCCCCCUACGGUACAUGCAGCGCUUAUACUUGUGAUGCCCCGGCGAGUGAUGAGUUGGAGGAAAGCUCAGACUACUGGGUCUUCUACUGGAGUGAUGAUGGAGAGGACAGCGGUGUCGGUACCGGCUGUAUUAAGGAUCCACAGACUGGCGUCUGUGGCUGUGAGGACUCGGAUGGAACUUUCAUUUCCGGCAGCGACAGCUGUACUUAG